UACUUUUGUACGCAAUUAGAUUACAAUCUCUGUGUUUUGAGGUUUGGAUCUUGAACAAUACGAGUUGGCGGGAAAACAAAUUCUAGUGGACGUGACCCAUAUUUUAUGAUCCAAUCAACAACUCGACGUUUAGUUCUGAAAAGAUUUGAUAUAUGGGUUUCUUUCAAGCAAUGUAGUACAUAUCAGUCACCAGGCUCAAAGGAUUCUUCGGGCGAUAAGUUUCAACAGUCAAGCUGGAGUGGAAAGAAUGCUUGGAAAAUAGGUCUUGUUACUUUGUCUUGUUCCGGUUUGUUUGGUUUUGGAUUUGCCUUGGCUGCUUGGGGCCCUCCAAAAAAGGAUGACAAUGGAGUCGAAGUAAGUGGAUAAUUUCUAAAUAUUACGAUUAGAUUGGGGAUAAGUUUAGUCAAAUGCCAAUUGUUUGGGGAUAUAUAAGAAGAACAUUGAAUUCUGUCCUUGAAUUUAAUCAAAGCAUAAAGGACCCUGUUAGUGAAAAACUCCUUCCCGAUCCAGUACAACCACCGUACUACCAACCGCCUUAUACUCUUGUUUUGGAAAUGACUAAUGUACUUGUUCAUCCAGAAUGGAAGUUUCGUACAGGUUGGCGUUUUAAAAAAAGGCCGGCGUUAGAGUUGUUUUUGCAACAACUAUCCCCUCAUUAUGAAGUUGUUGUCUAUACUAACGAAUCAAUAAUGACUGGAGCACCUGUGUUAGGUCAAAUGGAUCCUCAAGGACAAUUUAUCCACUUCCGACUAUUUCGCGAAGCGACCCGGUAUAAAGGAGGAAAACAUAUUAAAGAUCUCUCAUGUCUUAAUAGAGAUCUCUCUCGUGUGGUGUUCGUAGACUGGGAUUCUGCUGCAGCCCAGUUACAACCACGCAAUUCACUAAUUAUAAAACGUUGGGAUGGUGAGGAGUCAGACAGAGAACUGAUAGAUUUAGCUGCCUUCUUAAGAAUGAUUGCAAUGGGGAGUGUGGAUGAUGUGCGGCUGGUACUAGAUUACUACAGAGAAUUUGAUGACCCAUUAGCUUUUUUCCGUGAAAAACAUGAAGAACUUAUGGAAGUUCAAGCCAAACGGAAACAUGAAACAGAAAAGGCUUUAUUAAAACGCCCUCGACCAACAUUUUCAUUUACUGGUAUGGCUAGAUCCUGAUGUCGUUGAUUUUACUAGUAAAAAUAUCUCAACAGGAAUGAUCCUCAAAAUAAUUUUGAAAUGCACUUGUUUCCUGUAUGAAUAUAAAAUCUAUGUGCUUG